UUUGAAAAAAUGGCAGUGCCACAUGAUAAUUUGGUAGACUUACUGCCUGACUGCUGUACUCUAUUCUUAUUUAACAGAGUAUCGUAGGCUGACAGGCCUAACGCAUCAGGUGUUUUUCUUUGCUAGUUCGCAAGAAAAAAUUGACCAAUAUCGGAAUAUGCAGAUAUGUAAAAGCUGCCAUAAUACAGUAAUAGGCCUUUGUUGUCAGUUACAGGGUUACCGGUAUACAGUUGUAGACUAGUUAAGCUAAAUAUCGCUAUAAUCUUCAGAGUUUCAAACUAAAUUCUAAAAUUGGAUUCCACAAUCUAAUUUAGCUCUUUUUUCAUCAAUAUUGUACUAUGUUAAACAUAACUUGAAAUUAAACUUUUCCUAGUUGUAGUUUUGUCUCUAUUACUGUUCUAACACUUCAGCGAUAUUGAUAAUCUGUUCCAGUGAGUUCGAAAAAGUCAUGUAAGCAUGAAAAGCACGAAGGGAAAUUAAGAAGAAAGCAAGCCAAGCUACCAAACUUCCAAAAUGCUUCGCAACUUCAGCUCAUACUUUGUCAACAAAUUUCAGCCAGCUACAAUCUUGUACAAGCAACAAUUAAAAAAAGUGUCAUCAUCCUCUCCGCCUGUACUGAAACCGGUUCUUGGUGAACGAGCUUCCACAAUUAAAACAUUCAGCAAUCAAGAUGUUCAAACUUUUGCCGAAUUGACAGGAGAUGAUAAUCCGCUUCAUUUUGAUCACAAGUUUGUUAACCAAUCAGGGGUAUUUCAAAAACCCAUUGUUCAUGGUGCAUUAGUUAACGGCCUUGUUUCAGGCGUAAUUGGUACGCAGUUACCUGGUCCAGGAAGUGUUGUAGUUGAACAAUCGUCACGAUUUUUGGCGCCUUUAUAUGUUGGAGACACUGUCAGAGUAGAAGUUAUCAUAACUUCUAUCAAAAAACGAUUUCUGGAUUUGGCAAUUGAAUGUAUCAAUAUGGAUGCUGAAGAAGAGAAAAAGGUUAUGCUCGGGAAAGUGACUGUUAUGAUGACAAAAAAGAAUUGACUUGUUUUUUUCCUCUUUAUUGAUAAAAAUUAUGCCACAAUGUGACCUUUUUUGACUAUUAAGUCAAAUAUAUAUGUUGUGAUGCAUACACUGUUCAUUGAUUGUUUUGUAAAAAUUUGUUCUGUGUGUUUGUUAAUAGACAUAUAUUUAGUGCUGCUGUAUUAUGCUGAGAUAUUUCGUGUUAUCAAAGAUUUUCAAAUUUGAUGAGCUAGUUUUGAAUUGAUUGAAUAUUUAACUUUAUUGUAGUAACAAACUCAUUCAUUUUGCUGCAAUUUAGGGUAAUUUGACAAAAAGUACCUUCGUUUCACUUAGAUUUUUGUAAUUGUUAAUAAAUUUCCUUCUCAUUCAUUUCACAUUACAAGCAUUCAAAAUUGUUAUACCACGAUUUGAAUUUUACUUGAACGCAUUUGUUCAUGUAAUGUUGCAGUAUGUCAUGGAUAUAAACUAGAAAUAAAUUGUUUUUCGUUGAAUAUACUCAAUGCCUUUGAAGUAAUUUUUUGGAGCGUUUUUUGAUGUUGUAAGCAAAGCUUAAAAAACUAAUUUUAUUUUUGCUAGGAAGCAGUGCAUUAUUAUCAACAUAUUUUUCAUAGUGUUGUUAAUAACAUGAAAUCUUUUUAGA